GCGGCAAAUAGCCAAACGCUAAUUAGUUAGACCGGUCCCACAGAAACGAACUAUUUGGGGGAGGGAAUGGGACCCGCAAAAGAGUCAAAGCGGGAGUUGAAAAAGAGUAAAAUGGCCGACGACGGACAACGUUGAAACGGAUGAACAAAUCUAACUAACUUUUAGAAAAAGGGAGAAUCGGAGCGAACCCAGUUGGAAUUGGAUUUAAUUUACUAAAAAAAAAAAAAAAAAAAAGGGGUUUGGGGGUGUGAAAGAGCAGAGCCAAAUCUGGCAAACUUAGAGGGAUUGAGGGCACGGUCGUCAUUGAGACCAGGUGAGAUCGGCUACUACGACGACGAUCACCACGACAACGCUUAUUUUAGACCUUGGCGUCGCCGAUUUUUGUCGUCGGUCAUGGCCGUCAAGCUCACUUGGUCUUCCGCCUUUAGAUUUUCCCUCCUUUUGCUACUAAUCGCCGCCAUUGCCACCGCCUUCAUUUCUCUUCCCGUUGAAAAGUUAUUAAAGGAUUUCUUGAUAUGGGUUAAGGAAGAUCUUGGACCUUGGGGUCCACUUGUAUUGGCAAUUGCAUAUAUUCCUCUUACAGUUUUGGCAGUUCCGGCUUCAGUACUUACACUUGGUGGAGGUUAUCUUUUUGGGUUGCCUGUGGGAUUCAUUGCUGACUCUAUUGGUGCAACAAUAGGUGCUACAGCUGCAUUCAUUCUUGGUAGAACGAUUGGAAGAUCGUAUGUCAUCUCCAAGCUAAAGAACUAUCCAAAGUUUCAAGCUGUUGCUAUUGCAACUGACAGAUCUGGUUUUAAGAUAGUUCUGUUGCUUCGGCUUGUUCCUUUGCUUCCAUUUAACAUGUUGAAUUACCUCCUGUCUGUUACUUCCGUUCACAUAGGGGAGUAUAUGCUAGCAUCCUGGUUUGGAAUGAUGCCCAUCACAUUUGGCCUGGUAUAUGUUGGAACAACCCUAAAGGAUCUUUCUGAUGUUACUCAUGGAUGGAAUGAACUUUCAACAACUCGUUUGGUAUUUAUAGCUCUAGGUUUUGGGAUAUCUGUGAUUUUGAUGGUUUGCAUAACCAAAGUGGCAAAGAAUUCUUUGGAGAAAGCACUUGCUGAAAAUGCAGAAAUAGAAAGUAUCAUUUCCCCCUCGAUGCUACCCAUCGUUGCUGAUUCACCCUCAGAUCUCCAUAAGCCUCUCAUAGUCAGUAUCGAUUCAUUAAAAGAUGAUCAUGAGAAAUAAUUACUCCAUUUUUAAUGUAUAUUCUUUCUUUCACUUCUUUCUUUCACUUCUUUUACAUCAUUAACUGAUUAGAUGCGAAUCCUAGGAAUGUCAAAAUUAAGAGAGAAUGAAGGAGGCCAAAAUACAUAGAGAAAGAAUUCAUUUUUUCCUUCUUUAUGCACGUAUAUAUACAUACACACUUUCUACUUUGAUCAAUCAUGUAAUUCAUUA